GGCCCGGAGAGGGCAGGAGGGGCAUGGCCGCCGCCGCCGCCGCGGCGCUGCGUAGGGCCGCGCGGGCUCUGUGCCCGCCGAGCGGGCCCCUGGGAGUCUGGCGGACCCAGAUUCGAGACACCCACCAGCGGGCUUCUUUGUUUUCUUUCUGGGAGCUCCUUCCCACGAGGGCGGAACCUCUGCGAAAGAAGAAGAAAGUUGAUCCCAAAAAAGACCAGGCAGUAAAGGAACGCUUGAAAAAGAGGAUCCGGAAGCUGGAAAAAGCUACCCAAGAGCUGAUUCCCAUUGAAGACUUUAUCACCCCUGUGAAGCUGUUGGAUAAAGCCAGACAACGGCCGCAGGUGGAGCUGUCAUUUGAGGAGAGCGAGCGGCGAGCUCUGCUGCUGAAGAGGUGGUCCCUGUACAAGCAGCAAGAGCACGAGAGGGAGAGGGACGCCAUCAGGGCCCUGGUGGCAGCCCAGCAGGAGGCCCUGCAGGAGCUGCAGCUCGAGUCCCCGGAGCUCUACAGUGAGGCCAUCAAGCGGGACCCUGGCCUGUUCCCCUUUGAGAAGGAAGGGCCACAUUACACACCACCAGUCGCCGACUACCAGCCCCCAGAAGGCAGGUACAAUGACAUUACCAAGGUGUACACACAAGUAGAGUUCAAGAGAUAGAGCUGCAGGCAGCUCCAGGCACGUUGCCCCACCCCGGGGUCAGAAUGAUCUGGUUCCGGGUCUGUUUUCCAUAGGAUCAGGUGUGCUGCUAAUAAAGAAGAGUUCAAUCAGA